CCACUUGAAAGAAGUCAAGACCUACCUCUCUCUCUAUUUACGCGUCUUCUACAUUUCUUUGUGAUCUGAAAGCUUAGUGAUCCUCUUCUUCCUGCUGUUAACGAUGAUGAUGGCUUCUUCUUCUUCAUCAUCUAUGGCUUGCUGUUGGUUGUAUCACGUCUUCCUGAGCUUCCGUGGAGAAGACGUGCGCAAAGGCUUUCUUAGUCACGUUCUUAAAGAGUUCAAAAGCAAGGGAAUCAAUGUUUUCAUUGAUAACGAGAUCAAUCGAGGGAAAUCUGUUGGUCCAGAGCUUGUUAAAGCGAUCAGACAAUCAAGGGUUGCCGUUGUAUUGCUCUCCCGUAACUACGCUUCUUCAAGCUGGUGUAUGGAUGAAUUAGUGGAAAUCAUGAAGUGUAGGGAAGACGUUGGCCAAACAGUGAUGACCAUUUUCUAUCAAGUGGAUCCAUCUGAUGUUAGGAAGCAGACCGGAGAUUUCGGAAAAGCCUUUGAUGGAACCUGUGUGGGAAAAACAGAAAAGGUAAAGCAAGCAUGGAGGCAAGCUUUGUAUGAUGUCGCUGGUAUAGCUGGCUACCACUCUAGCAACUGUGGGAAUGAAGCUGAUUUGAUCAACAAAGUUGCAUCAGAUGUCAUGGCUGUGUUGGGUUUUACACCAUCAAAAGACUUUGAUGAAUUUGUUGGCAUAGGAGCUCAUAUCAGAGAGAUACAAUCGAAGUUGAUCCUACAAUCAGAACAAGUUAAGGUGAUUGGGAUUUUUGGUCCUGGCGGGAUUGGGAAGACGACCAUUGCCAGAGUUCUAUACAACCAACUGUCUCAUGCUUUCCCAUUCAGCACGUUUUUGGAGGAUAUCAGAGGAAGUUAUGAGAAGCCAUCUGGUAACGACUAUAGGUUGAAGUUGAGGUUUCAGAAAAACAUGUUGUGUCAAAUAUUCAACAAAGGGGACAUUGAGGUUCAUCACUUAAGAGGAGCUCAAGAAUUGCUGAGUGACAAAAAAGUGUUUGUUGUUCUUGAUGAAGUGGAUAAUUGGUGGCAACUAGAGGAAAUGGCAAAGCAUCGUGGAUGGGUUGGUCCAGGAAGUAUUAUUAUCAUUACAACCGAAGAUCGAAAACUUCUCAAGGCAUUCGGACUCGGGAUAGAUCAUAUCUAUAAGAUGAAAUAUCCAACUAAUGAAGAGUCUCUGCAGAUCUUCUGCCAAUAUGCUUUCGGCCAAAAUUCUCCAGAUGAUGGUUUUGAAAGUCUUGCUUGGGAAGUUACUUGGCUUGCUGGUAAUCUUCCUCUAGGCCUGAGAGUUAUGGGAUCGUAUCUACGAGGAAUGUCCAGGGACGAGUGGAUACAGGCACUACCAUGGCUCAGGUCUACCCUUGAUAGAGAAAUUGAAUCAACUCUAAGAUUUAGCUACGACGCCUUGGGAGAAAAUGAAAAAACUCUUUUUCUGCAUUUAGCAUUUUUCGGUACUGGUUUUAAGGUUGAUAGCUUCAAAAGGUGUUUUGCAAACAGUAGUCUGGAAAUCAACCAUGGGCUUGAAAUUUUAGCUCAAAAAUCUCUUAUAUCUAUAGAAGACAGAGACGUAAAAAUGCAUAGAUUACUGGAACAAAUGGGUAGAGAAAUUGUCAAGAAACAGUCUAUGGAGAAUCCAUCAAAACCACAUUUCUUGAUGGAUACCAAGGAGAUUCGUGAUGCGCUUAAUGAAGAUACUGGUAAUGAAAAUGUUCUAGGCAUACGAUUGCGUACGAGCGAUGAAAUCCAAAUAAAUAAAAGCGCUUUCCAAGGGAUGAAUAAUCUCCAGUUUCUAUAUUUUGGCUCUGAUACCAUACGCACACCCGAGGGCCUCGACUGUCUUCCCGACAAACUCAUAUUCCUACGUUGGUACGGCUGUUCAUUGAGAGUUUGGCCUUCUAAAUUCUGUGGCAAGUUUCUUGUUGAACUAAUCAUGCGACGUAGCAACUUCGAGAUGCUUUGGGAAGGAGUCAAACAUAUCCCAUGCCUCAAGGUGAUGGAUUUGAGUCACUCUUGGUAUCUGAAAAAGAUUCCAGAUCUCUCAAAAUCAACAAGUCUCGAGGAAUUACAUCUCUCUCACUGCAGAAGCUUGUUAGAGCUCACAAGCUCUAUUGGCAAUGCCACUAAACUUUAUCGAUUAGAUAUUAAAGGGUGUGCAAACAUCAAAGACUUCCCAAAUGUAGCUGACAGCAUCCUCGAGUUGGAGUUGUGCGCUACAGCCAUAACGGAGGUUCCCCCAUGGAUCGAGAACCUAUUUCGUCUGCGUGAACUAAUUAUGUGUGGAUGCGAGAAGCUGAAAACUAUAUCGUCAAACAUUUCUAAGUUGGAGAAUCUUGAGUUUCUUGCUCUGAGUAACAAAGGUUACUGUCUUCAUGAUCAUUAUGUAGAUGAUGAAAAUAUAUAUAAGUGUUAUGACUUAUUUGAAGCAAUAGUCGAGUGGGGGCCUGACUUUAAGCGCAGUUGGAUAUUAAGAUCAGACCUGGACAUUAACUACAUCUUGCCGAUAUGUCUACCCGAGAAGGCUUUUACAUCUCCUAUAUCAUUACGUUUCCGCAGCUUUGAUGGUAUCAAGACUAUUCCAGAUUGCAUCAGACGUCUCUCUGGACUAAUUAAGCUUGACGUCAAUAAAUGCAAAAAGCUCGUAGCACUUCCACCACUUCCAGAUUCCCUUGAAUCUUUAGAUGCACAAGGUUGUGAAUUUUUGAAGAGAAUAGACUCCUCCUCUUUUCAAAAUCCAAACAUUUGCCUAAACUUUGCUAAGUGCUUUAACCUAAAACAAAAAGCAAGAAGGCUAAUCCAGACAUCAGCUUGCAAAUAUACGGUCUUACCGGGUAGUAAAGUGCCUGCACACUUCACUCACCGAGCCAGUUCAGGUUCCUUAACGAUCAAUUUGACUCCAAGACCUUUUACUUCAUCCUUCAGAUUCAAAGCUUGUAUCUUGCUGUCAAAGGUAUAUGAUCAACCUGGGGAUACCAAUGAUGAUGAUGAAAAAGAGGGUGAGAAUUCAUUGACGAGCAUGUCUUAUUCCGUGUGGGGUAAACAGAAUGGCCGCACGGUCGGAAGUGGAUCAAACCAGCUCCUUAUCCCCGCUCUAUAUGGAAAUAAAGAGCAUAUGUAUAUAUUUGAAGAUUCUUUUUCUCUAAACAAGGAUUUCCCCGAAGCCGAAGAAACCACUUUCAGCGAGCUUAGUUUUGUGUUCAUAGUCGAUGAUGAAACCUGCAAGGUCGAAGGCUGCGGUGUACGACUUUUAGAGGAAAAUCAUGAAAGUGCAGGUGGUGAGGAUGAAGAAAAGGAUGACGAUGAUGAUGAUGAUAGUGGUGAGGAUGAAGAAAAGGAUGACGAUGGUGGUGAGGGAGAUGAAGGUGGUGAUGAUGACAAUCAUGGAAACACAGAAGCAAACAAAGAAACUGAGAAGAAGAAUCUAGACGUGAUGACACGUCUGAGUAGUUGGUUAAGGUACUUGAAGAAAUGAAAACGGCUGCAGAGACGGUGGAGAUAAGAGUUAAGGUCACUGAGGUGACUUCGAAAGUCGUAGAGGCGAUUGGUUAUGUAACUGUGAUAUUACCAACAGUGAAACCGGUUUUAGAGUCUUCUUUUUUGUCUAUAAUUCUAGCGUUGCCAUCUUCAAACCAAGCUGAGAUACUGACUGAGUAGUUAAGCAAUAAUAGUAAAGUUGAGGUCUGGUGUUACAGAUCAAAAGUGGCCAAGAGAAGAUUGGGUUUGCUAGGGGUAGAGGAUGAUGGGAAAGACAUGUCUUAAAACUCUUUUGUUGAGCUCUGAAUCUAGCAAAAGAGUAAUAUUCUGUGUUUUUUGUUUUGUUUUGUAUGACUCUUUUAACUUGUUCUUGUGUGUUCUCUGCCAAAUUUAUUAUAGGCAGGUUGCACAAAUCUAUAAUUACUGUUGACAGAUGUUAAAA